CUUCCAUUCUUAACCGCCGUGUCGGUCCUGCCCACCUCACAGUCAGGCUCACCAUCAGCUGUGCAAGCGAAAUGAAUACUGACCUAAAUACUGCUAAAGGAAAGACAACGACGACGUGCCACGGCAGCCGACUGAAAGACGAGUUUUACAAAUGGGACUCUGCUGGGUGGAAAGAGCUAUUUGCCUUGCCCUCAUUUCCUUCAGUGACUGCAUGUGGGACCUGUGUUGUGUAAAUUGAGAUAAAAACAAGCUCCACCGACCCGUCUGCCCACAACCCAGCACGGCACUGACAAGUGAGCCUCUGACUGCCGCAACUCAAGGAGAGGAGGAGAAGGAGGAGGAGGGAGAGAGCAAACUUGUCCACCCGGAUGUAACGGGGUUUGGGUCACUGAUAUCCUUAUUGUGCGGAACUUUACUCUCAAGGGAAAAGUCGCCUUUGGAAAGUCCACAAUGGCCGAGCUGUCAUCAGCCCAGGUGACUGAGCGCACCUGAGCUUUGACUCCGCCGCUGCCGCACCGAGUCUCCAGCAGCCAGUUGGCUUUUUUUUACUGCGCAGCCACAUAACAGCGAAAUCCUCUUGCAACUUUCACAGGGAUUAAAAAAAAAAAAAAAUCAACGAAUCCCUCGCGUUUUUUGUAAGGGGUAUUUUUACUCGCGAGUGCUUUUUUUGGUGGCCUACUUGGGAGAAGAAAACAAGCGGCCAGGGGACAGAUGUCUGUUUGUUGGUUUUGGGGCUGACUCAACUGUUGAUCAUUAGAGGGAGGCUGUGCGCAGGAAUGCGGAUCCAGACGAUGAGACAUAACGUGCAGAGUUGUGUCUGAGCAGCUUAGGCUGUGAAGGGCCCACAGGCGGCCAUGGUGAAUCUCUUCUCCAGCGUGCUGGUGUUGACCUGUCUUCACCCCUCACCUCACCGCACCUCCCUGCCCACCUAACUCCUCUCUCCGGCUCUCUCUCCACAUCCUUCUCCUCCGCCACCUGAGGGGUAUUGCACGAAGCAGGUCCUCGGUUCGUUUGGAAAAUGUCCUAUGCACACCACAAGCUGCUCACCUGGAGCCUACCUCACUUCGUCACCCUAUCACUGGCCUACCUCUGGUGCUUGGCCCCUCCCACAGGUGUGUCAGCAGAUCUCUGCCGAGUGAGCGGCGGGGUGCUGGGGAUCCACUGGAGCAGCAUCAUCGGCCUCGGGUGGCACCCCCUGGCAGACGGAAGGGGCGGGGCAACAUGCUGGGAGUCUUGCUGUUUGAAACCAAGCUGCAGCGCUGUGUGGAGCCUGGGCGGGCGCUGCGUGCUGCUCGGCUGCUCCCGCACGAGAGGCUGCCUCAUUGCCUCCCUGCCCCAACCCCACCAGGAGUCCCUGGGUUUUCUCCAGCUGAUUUCUAAGGGUCCUGUCACACUGAGACAGAGAAAGGCCCGUCGAGCACAGCAGAAAGGAAGCCACGGACUGCAAGAAGGACAGCACCACACCAGCACGGGGGGCUCCGGAGGGGACACAGCUCACCCGACUCCGACAAUACCCACCGCCAUCUCACUCCCUUCAGCGGCCGACAGGAGCCUUAACCAGGGGGCCAACGGGAGUGGAGACGGUGCCCGAGCUCAUUCUCAGCAGAACUCAACGGCAGAGGACAGCCUUGAUGCUGCUGCGUCUUCCAAUAGCACCGAUGUAAAACCCACCGCCACCUCCGCUCCUGACGUCACAACUUCUCCAACGCAGGCCGUGAGGGAGCUGGUGGUGUCAGCAGGGGAGAGUGUGGAGGUCACGCUGCCCCGCAAUGAGGUCGAACUCAACGCUUUCGUGGUCCCAGCAGAAAAGCCAGGGACGAACUAUGCAUUUGACUGGCGCCUGAUAACUCAUCCCAAAGAUUACAGCGGAGAGAUGGAGGGGAAGCACAGCAAGACACUCAAACUCAGCAAGCUGACUGUCGGCCUGUAUGAGUUUGAGGUGACAGUGGAUGGAGACGGGGCGCAUGGAGAAGGUUACGUCAACGUCACUGUCAAACCUGAGCCGCGGGUAAACAAGCCUCCUGUUGCCGUAGUUUCCCCAAAGUUCCAGGAGAUCUCCUUGCCAACCAGCUCCACGGUGAUAGACGGCAGCCAGAGCACUGAUGAUGACAAAGUGGUGGCAUGGCACUGGGAGGAGGUGAAGGGUCCGCUGAGGGAGGAGAAGGUCUCUGCCGACACCCAAAUCCUCACCCUCACCAGCCUGGUGCCCGGGAACUACACAUUCAGUUUGACAGUGACAGACUCAGACGGAGCCCAGAGCUCCACCCAGGCCACCCUGUCUGUCAACAAGGCCAAGGACUACCGGCCCGUUGCCAAUGCUGGCCCGAACCAGGUCAUCACCUUGCCGCACAACUCCAUCACUCUGAACGGCAGCCAGAGCACAGACGACCAUGAGCCGCUGGCCUUCGAGUGGUCGCUGAGCCCUGAGAGCAAAGGCAAGGUGGUGGAGAUGCAGGGUGUGCGAACUCCGACCCUGCAGCUCUCAGCUAUGCAGGAAGGAGACUACACCUUCCAGCUGACGGUGACAGACUCGGCUGGACAGCAGGACACCGCCCAGGUUACUGUCAUCGUACAGCCAGAGAACAACAAGCCUCCAGUAGCAGAUGCAGGGCCGGAGAAAGAGCUCACACUGCCGGUGGACAGAACCACGCUGGACGGCAGCAAGAGCACCGACGACCAGAAGAUCGCCACCUACCACUGGAAACAGACCAAGGGCCCUGACGGCGUGAAGCUGGAGAAUGCAGACAGUGCUGUUGCCACGGUGACGGGGCUCGAGGUCGGCGAGUACGAGUUCACGCUGACGGUAACGGAUGAGAGGAAGCUGCAGAGCACCGACACUGUCACAGUCAUCGUCCGAGAAGAACUGGACCAGCCGCCGGUAGCUCAUGUGGUGUCCAGCCAGCCCAUCUCUCUGCCCCUGCGGACUGCUUCCCUGGAUGGAUCUCAUUCCCAAGAUGACAAAGGUGGAGUCAGCUACCUGUGGACCAGAGAUGACAGCAGCCCUGCUGCUGGGGAUGUGUUGAACAACUCAGACCGGCAGGCGGUGCUGUUCCUCGGAAACCUGGUGGAGGGGAAGUACAGCUUCACCCUGACCGUCACCGACAGCAAGGGGCAGACCAGCACUGACAGGGGCUCGGUGGAGGUCAAACCAGACACUUGGCAGCGUGACCUGGUGGAGCUCAUCCUGGAGGUCUCGGUGUCCCAGGUCACUCACCGCCAGCGUGACAUGCUAUUGCGUCAGGUGGGGGUGCUGCUGGGCGUGCUCGACAGCGACAUCAUCGUGCGAGAGAUCAGCGCCUUCAAUGAGCACAGUACCCGUCUGGUCUUCCUGGUCUCUGGUGGCCCAGGUCGCCCUCCUCUGUCGGGCCGCAGCGUUGCAAUGGGGCUUCGCAACAAGCUGCGCAAGCAGAAGAACGACUUCCUCAUCUUCAAGGCGCGACGGGUCGACACAGUCAUCUGCCAGCUGAACUGCUCGAGCCACGGCGAAUGCGACUCGUUCACACGUCGCUGCGUCUGUCACCCUUUCUGGAUGGAGAACUUCAUCAGAGCACAGCUGGGAGACGCAGAGAGCAACUGUGAGUGGAGUGUACUCUACGUAACUAUAACGUCCUUCAUGAUUGUGGUUGCUAUAGCAACAGUUGUCUGGGGGAUGGUGUGUUGCUGCCGCAGGCGUAAGAGCAGAGUGCGCAGAAGCAAAAGCCGAUACAAAAUGCUGGAAGCUGAAGAGCAAGACAGUCUGGAGCUACAGCCACCGCGAGUUGGUCGCAUGAAGCCACCACCCGCCCCCACCUCGUCCGCCCUUAUGCACUCAGACUCUGACCUGGAUAGCGACGACGGGCAGGGAGGGGUCCCGUGGACGGACCGGGAGCGAGGACAUCUCCUGCGGCCCCAGAACGGGUCCCUGAGGAACGGCCAGGGGCCAGCGAGGAGCAAGAAGCAAAGAGAUGAGCUGCUAUAGCAAGAGAGCGGGGGGGGGAGCAGGCGCCUCCUCUUGCACACACUUCUUCCCAACCCUUACACACCCUUCAUGUUUCUCACUCUUCUCUCUCUCUCUCUUGUUCUUCAACACGCAAACCUCACACCUCUCAUCCAUGAAGACAUUAUGUAUGAGAACUGGAUUUAGGUGGAAGGAGAGAGGAAAAAAAACAUGCUGGAUACAUGUUGUAGCCACACACCCCUCGUCACAGAAUAACACCCCUGCAUUGAAAUGUCCCUGCUCCCACACUGAGCCAAUACGCAGGAGAGAACUGUAUCAUUUCAUGGAGGAUUAGGGGUGACCGAUGUGGAAUGGAACGGGAAUAAAAAUGUAAUUUAGAGUUCCUAUAUGUAACCCUGAGACAUCAAGAAUGUACUGUAACCCCUCUCACUGAUGGGACACGUUGCUUAGAGACUGUGGAAGAAGAGACUGACCUGUCUGAUGCGUUCUGAAGAAAAAAAAACAACCAUUCUGCUUCAGUGACACGGAAACCAGCAAACCCGCUUCAUACACACACACACGCACACACACACACACACAUCAGCUCUCUGAGACGCGCAUGUUCACACUCACAUCGUAUCCACCCUCUUCCCAGGUCAGACUGAUGCUACCAAACACUGCCAAGCUAAAACAGUGAAUUUUGUUCUGAAUCAUCGUUCGGCUGACAUGUGUGGUGUGUGUGUGUGUGUGCGUGUGCCUGAUGUGUUUUUCUGGCUGUUGUGCCAAAAAUGUUUACUUCAGAAUGGUUUUCUGUGUUUUUACGUCUCUUACCAGCUUCACGUUGAGAGUCACUUAACAUUGGACUGCUGUCAGCCUUGCAGAAGAUCUCGGAAAAUGCUGUUCUCUUUUUUUUGUUUGUUUUUUUUUUUCCUGGAGGCUUCCCUCUCAGUGGACUAACUGGAACACACACACAUACACACACUGGAGUACACGAUGUUAAAACGAGGCACUCACGCCUUUCACUGUGGCCCCGACAGAAGAUAAUGACAGUGAAAGUGCUGAGAGUCAUGAAGUUCACAACUCAACGAAGAGGAUGAACAGGGCGCUGCUUCCUCACCUCACGGUUUAGUAAUGUACUGAACUAAGAAAACCACUGUCUUUUUGUUUGUACUUUGCAAACAACCUUUUAGCCAGAGCAACGCAGAUGCACUUUGCGUUUGCGGAGCCCCAGCGUGUCUCUGUCUGCCAGCUCGAUGCUCAGUUUUAGCUCUCAUUGGUUGAAGAAGGAGCACUUGAUCUGUAACCGUUACAUUUGGUUAGUUAAGCCAUAAACACAGACCCUGGCUGUGUUCAGAUUAUAUGAAAUCUUUUUGUUUCCCUGACCUUUCCUGCAGCGGAGAUCAAGGGAACAAAACAUUUCAGUGAAUCUGAAAGCAGCUGAAGUCCAGAGGCACCUCAGAAACCUCAGUUUGCGACACAUAUGAUUUGAAUGGAUUUGGCAGUCAGAUGUAAGCAUUAUGUAUGGCAGAGUGAUGUUUUUUUUACAUUACUGCUGUAACUCUUAUAUAAUCUUGUUUCAUUUCAGCAAGUAAUUAGAAUGCGUUUGGCAUUUCUUACCCAAUGAAUAUGAUUGUGUGUCCUGAAAUUAAUGCCAUUACUAUCUUUGGCUCUUAUUUUCUUUUGAAAAGACAUUCAUUUUGUUCAGUCAAUUUUAGGCUACAGAUUGACACCCAUAAAGACACCCUAUGUGAGGUAUAUGGUCAGAAAUUAAAAAAUAUGUGCAUCAAAACAACUUACAGUUAAGAAUGAGUGGGAGUUGUCUGUCCAAAAAUGAAAUUCUGCUAAAUCCUGAAAUUAAAUCACACUCUUGCCCGUGUUUGUAAGAAUAGUAAAGUGUCGGUCUGAGUGGUGUUAGUCUCUGCAAGAUGUUUUUGCAGGGACACGGGUGCCAUAUAUGUGUCAGGAACAGGACCCAGGAGUGACGAAAAUUGCCUUCAGACUGUAAAAUAGGAGCGAACAACAGAAGCUGCAUCUAUUCCUGCUGUAUGUGAGUGGUGGUGUGAGAUGUUUCUGGACGGGGCUGUAACGAAGGAAAACUGUUUCACCAAACGAUGCUUCCCUAUAAUAUCCAGUAGUGUGAUUGCUUUGCAUGCAGACUGUGAAACUGGCCUGUAACUGUAGUCUGAAAUUUUGAGUCACUUUUUCUUUGGUUGUUGAAUGUUGAAAGGGUACACCUUUGAUUUGAUCCAAGUUGUACUGUGAAAUAAGCAAUCUUUUUUUUUUUUUUUUUUUAAAGUCUUUCUUACUGUAAAGUCAUCUCAUGCUGGUAUCAGUACUAUUGCACUAGUUCUGUCUUGAAUUGUUCUCAGUGCACAUCAGGCCUGGGCAGAGAUGUUUUGAAAUAUUUAGUCAGAUGUGCUGAAUUUGAUGGGGCAUCUCUCGCCAACUUGUGCAAGACAAGUGUAAAAUGAAGCGCACCUGAAGUGCCAACUGUUUGAAAUCAUCUCAUCUUCCUCCCCCUUGCCUGCUGCACAUCCUAGCAAACACCAUAUAGAGUAAUUGUCCAGAUUUGGGGUUGAUUUACUCAAUUCUAGCAAUUCAAAAGUGGGAAUUAUUUCAAUGUUAACAUAUGUAUAGACUCGAGUCAAAAAAAAUUGCGCUGCACACAAACAAAGGUCUCUCACUAGAUCAAUAUACAAUUUAUUUCCACAUAUUUUGCAAGUGAAAAACAUGGCAAAACAACAUGUUUCAUGCUUCAUCGGGUGUUGCUUGUUGCACAAAAUAUGUUGCUUGCCAUGUUUUUUACUUGUAAAAUAGGUAGAAAUCAAUAGUGUCUUGAUCAAGUUGGUGUAAGUCUUUGUUAGGGUGCAGCAAGAUUUUUUGACUUGAGCAUAUUUGAAUUUCCUACGCUUGACCAGCACCUGAAACACAAGUGAGAGUUAGUCGUUUUUUGUAAUUUAAAUAUAUAGACAUUUAUUUAUUUUAACAAUAACUAACAUAGCUAUAAAACCUCCUCAAUGCUUUUUAUACCCAAGUAAAUGAAUUGCGAAUCAUAUUUUGAAUUUAUAGAAAUAAGUGAACUGACCCCAACUCUGAUGGAGUCCACUGUGAAGGCAGAAUGAGAGAUAAUGAAUAUCUAUUAAAUGAAGGGAUACUGAGUUUAACUUAUAAUGUUUUAAAUAACAAGAUUUUAGUGAAGGAAAAAUCCCCUCCUUUGCUGUAUGGCCAGACCUGAUGCAACUGGAUAAUCUGUAAAUUAAAAUUAAAUAUGUUUCAUUUGGUUCUUGA